GCGCAGACCACUCGCGCGCUAGCCGCCGACACGCGAGGGCGGACUGUGACAGUGGGGAGCCCUUUGUGUUAGUCUCCAGUAGUCUCGUCUCGUAGUAGCUCUCGUCCUCCUACCGGCAGGUGUGUGAUGGCUAUGUGUUUUGUGAGUGACGGUGAUAGAGAUGAUGCUCCAGUCGAGAGUGUGGAGUAGUGGCCAGUGCGGGUGUGUUUACACGGGUGUGGGGGACGGCACCGGCCAGCUAACCUCAGUCACAGUUGCCUCCCGCCCUUCAACCACUGGCUGCCUCUCCGCCCGCCCAAACACACUCCUCCUACCAUUUACUCUGCCUCCCACCACACCUCGCUUCAACUCGUGUGUAGAAAACACAGUGUUAGGCUCGCACAGCCUCUUGUGAACUGAAUGGUGACGGGGAACAAGUCACCGUCACUCAGCUCUAGGCACAAGGUGCCGCCGAAAGUUAAGAUUUGUAGUUAAUGCGGAAGAAUUCAUAACUCCUUUUUUGUUGUUAAGGUUAUAUUGGUUAUGAAGAGUUGGGAGUGUGCCAAGUUGUGUUAGUGAAGUGUUGGAGGAGUGUCAUCUGGCGAGUUAAGUGGAUAAACAGAGUUAGGGGUUACUGAAGAAACUGCCGAGGUUCUACCCCAGUAAACACACCAACUAACUCAACCACUGCAAGUCUAGUCACAACUGCAGGUCGGGCCAGGAAGGAGUGGCAGCGAGAAACGUGGUGUACAAGUAGUCACCGCCAGCCUUCUCGUCUGAAGUACACAGUGCUAUAGUCACCCCUAGUCAUCUUCCCUCCCUCCCUCCCUCCCUGCCUGCCAGCCACACCUUACCCUCCCAGCUUCACAUCCGUAAGGAACAUAUAGAGAACCACGCGGGUAAUCUUGCUCUAUACACUACUUCUCACCGGAGCAAACACGUCAUAGAGUAACAAGUCUUGCAGUGAAGAAGAGUAGCGGGUUUCCUCCGUAGUAAACACACCAGUCCUGGCCAGUAAACACACCAGUCCUGGCCAGUAAACACACCAGUCCUGGCCAGUAAACACACCAGUCUUGGCCAGUAAACACACCAGUCCUGGCCAAUAAACACACCAGUCUUGGCCAGUAAACACACCAGCCCUGGCCAAUAAACACACCAGCCCUGGCCAAUAAACACACCAGUCCUGGCCAGUAAACACACCAGCCCUGGCCAAUAAACACACCAGCCCUGGCCAAUAAACACACCAGUCCUGGCCAGUAAACACACCAGCCCUGGCCAGUAAACACACCAGUCCUGGCCAAUAAACACACCAGACUUGGCCAAUAAACACACCAGUCCUGGCCAAUAAACACACCAGCCCUGGCCAAUAAACACACCAGUCCUGGCCAGUAAACACACCAGUCCUGGCCAAUAAACACACCAGUCCUGGCCAAUAAACACACCAGUCCUGGCCAAUAAACACACCAGUCCUGGCCAAUAAACACACCAGCCCUGGCCAAUAAACACACCAGCCCUGGCCAAUAAACACACCAGUCCUGGCCAGUAAACACACCAGCCCUGGCCAAUAAACACACCAGUCCUGGCCAGUAAACACACCAGCCCUGGCCAGUAAACACACCAGUCCUGGCCAAUAAACACACCAGCCCUGGCCAAUAAACACACCAGUCCUGGCCAAUAAACACACCAGCCCUGGCCAAUAAACACACCAGUCCUGGCCAGUAAACACACCAGUCCUGGCCAAUAAACACACCAGUCCUGGCCAAUAAACACACCAGUCCUGGCCAAUAAACACACCAGUCCUGGCCAAUAAACACACCAGUCCUGGCCAGUAAACACACCAGUCCUGGCCAAUAAACACACCAGUCCUGGCCAGUAAACACACCAGUCCUCCCCCGCCCCAAACGGCAGUAGUAAUGACCAAGCUGCUCGAUAAAGACGAGGUUGCUCACCUUUGACUGCCACAGCAUGUGGCUUUUCCCUGGAGCGCUAUGUUUUAUCUUUAGAUCAUGUGUUGAUCCUUUGGUACACGGGUGACGCACCGAUAAGCCGGGAUCUUGGUGCACGUUACGUCAGUAGUGCUGCUCGCCGCGCCCACCAGACUAACCACCGGGCUACCUCUGCCUCUACCACGGCUCGGCUCCCACACCCAUAAUUUUGUACUCUUAUAAUGAAUAACGAGCAGGAAAAGAGCCAACGUUUCCGCCAACUAUAAGAUUCUUAAACAAGACGGAUAAAUAUCGUAUUCGAAAAUCUUGAAGGUAAUUGUGGGCGUGUUGACUCUGGAAAGUUACGGCGUGACCUCUGACCCCUGUGUAGUCUGGUUAUUUUCCCUUCAAGAGCCAUAAUCUUAAAGUGUGGUGGCAGCCUUUCCCUGUUGAGUGUAGCGCGCUCCGUGUAGCCUACCUGGCCGGUGUCCGCCGGGGCGAGCCGGCACUAAACAUGUCCAGAUGAGGGCACUUAGUGCGUACUGUGUAUUGUGGCAUCGGUAAAACACCAACAUGGAGAGUUGACAUUGUCUUCUCUCCAUCCCCUCCCCCCUGGCCCCAACCCCGCUAACGCGCCAGCACCUUACCAGUAGGUGCAGCUGCGCACCGCCCGUGCGCAUAGUGGUCUGGGUGUUGUGGGUGUGUUAGUAAUGGACCUUAAGAUGCUGCACAAAAGCUCCACCUUCAGUUCCUUCACUUCCGGCACGGCCAAGAUCGGCUCUUGGUUUAGCCACAUUGGCGACCGUCGGCGAAAGACCUCUGCUAAUUCCGUCCUCAAGACCUCCAAAUCCCUCCAGUUAGGUGAGUCUUCCCUGGCCUGUGGGUCCUUCUACGUAGGCGAGUCUUCACAGACCUCCAGGUCCCUUCAGCUAGGUGUGGUGCAUGAGGUUCCCAGGAUUGGUAGCGAUGGCGAGAGUGAGGAAGCAUCUGGAGCUAGUGAUGAGGUCACCUCACCCAUCAAUGUUAAACUCAGGCAGAACAAAAAUCGACGUAUUACACAAGAGGAUAUCAACAAACGGUUAUCAUUACCAGCGGAUUUGCGGGUACCAGAUGCUUUUCUUCAGAAACAAUCUAUCAGCCCAGAUGGGCCACUCAGUCGAGCCUCUCGUAGACAAUCCCUAUCUGAAAUUGGCUUUGGGAGAAUGGAAACUUAUACCAAACUUGAUAAGUUAGGAGAGGGAACAUAUGCAACAGUGUACAAAGGACGAUCGCGACUAACAGACAAUCUAGUGGCACUAAAGGAAAUUCGGUUGGAGCAUGAAGAGGGUGCACCAUGUACAGCCAUCAGGGAAGUGUCGCUGCUCAAGGAACUUAAGCAUGCAAAUAUUGUUACAUUACAUGAUAUUGUUCAUACAGACAAGAGUUUAACUCUUGUAUUUGAAUAUUUAGACCGUGAUCUCAAACAAUACAUGGAUGAAUGUGGAGCACAACUAUCAAUGAAUAAUGUUAAGAUCUUCCUGUUUCAACUGCUGCGUGGGUUAGCUUAUUGUCACCAGCGAAGGGUCCUACAUCGGGAUUUAAAACCUCAGAAUCUUCUCAUAAAUGACUUAGGGGAGUUGAAGCUUGCAGAUUUUGGUCUGGCUCGAGCCAAGUCUGUACCAACGAAGACUUACAGUAAUGAGGUCGUAACGUUAUGGUACCGACCUCCAGAUGUCCUCUUGGGUUCAACAGAGUAUUCUACUCAAAUUGAUAUGUGGGGAGUUGGUUGUAUUAUGUACGAGAUGAUCAGUGGUCGACCACUUUUCCCCGGUGCCACAGUUGAAGACGAACUUCACCUAAUUUUCCGUACAUUAGGCACCCCCACAGAAGCCAAUUGGUCUGGUAUUAGCAACAAUGAAGAUUUUUCCCAGUAUUCCUUUCCCACUCACACAGGAGAGCCACUGCUGGCACGAGCACCGAGAUUGGCUCAUGACUCGGCAUUAGGACUUCUAACAAAGUUUCUCUUGUAUGAAGCAAAAAAAAGGAUCUCUGCAGCAGCAGCGAUGAAACAUUCCUUUUUUGAGUCUUUAGGACAUACCAUACACACCCUCAAAGACCAGGAUUCGAUCUUCUCUUGCCCUGGAUUGAUGCUCACACGUGACCACAACUAUAAAGUAACCAAUGGUGGCCAAGCUAAAACAAGACGCCAAAGUAUGCACUUCUGAACCCUAACUAAAUUACCCUUAAAACAUGCUGGCUCCAGGCCCCAGCUGAAUAAUUUAAAAAGAUUGAUUCGGUGAAUAUAUAUUUCACACACAAGAACAAACUAAAGCGAGUAAUUUAUGUGAAGCACUCAUUGUAUUAAAUACAAACAAAGAUGAUAAAGCUUUUCCGAAGAAACACUAUUGCACAUCAUGCUAUGGCUCGGAUUCCUCAAUACUUGGAAUUAUCUUUUGAAAAUGUGAAACACUGCUGUAACUUGUAUUGAUCAGAAACUUAUCCAUUGACAUGUUAAUAGAAUGAUGUUAUGAUCAGAGCUCUUUAUCCAAUUUAAAAAGGUGGUUUUAUGGGAGGAAGUUCUAGGUGUUCACUACUGUAUCAGUAGACUGUAUCUUUGCCAGUUUAGCAGGGUUUCUAGAACCUUUAGUUUCAACAUUUUAGUCUUUCAAUUAUAUUUAGAAAUUUAACUACAAAUAUUUUAAUUUCAUAUAUAUAUAUGGUUACUAGUCCAUAACACAAAAUUGAGAAUAGAUCAAAUUGUUCCUUGAAUGGCUUUCAAAUAAUCACCUUGUCAUAAUCUUGGUCGUGAACUUUAGGUAGCUAUCUGCUGGUCAGAUUUUAUGACUACCAACUUCCGUGUGUGUAAUCACAUCUUCACUUAUGGAUGAAGAAGUUACAGUGUACAACAUCAGGAUCCCAAUGUUUUGGAUGUUUGUCAUACAGGUUUGCAAUGCUGCAGUAGCCUAACUGUGAUGGUUCGCUCAAUGGUCUUCAAAAUUUUAACUUGAUGGCUGUUUUUACUCUAGAAACAAAGUAAUAGUAAAUACAAUGAAAGUGGAUAACAUAUCACUUAGAACAAAAAUGGAUUCAAUUUAUGGAAAAUGUGUAGACUGACAAGUGACAAAAGGAAAAUAACUUCAAGCUAGAGCAUUCCACUGGGACAAGGAUUUCUAACACUGAGCAGGAAAAUCUGUGAUUGGAUAAAAAUAUUAACUUGUGCCCUGUUACUCUCAAGCUUCCCAACAUCAUUUUAACUAUGUGCAAUGUAUAGUACUUCAUUUUCAUAAUGUUGGAUACUUGUGCAAGUAUCUCUCAUUGUUCAUUUUGUAUGGUUGCCAUAUAGGCUUUUCCUAAUUAGUUAUAAAUAUGUUAAAAAUUGUGAUAUAUGACUUAAUAUUUUUUUCAAGUUUUCUGUUAUGACACCUUGACAUUUAUUUUGAUAUAUUUCAGUGUUCUUAGUCUAACUUGAUUUCACCCCCAAAGAAAUUUAAAGUAUGUAGAUUAUCUUGUACCUGAAGAAAUCUCAAGCUAUGUACCAGUGAUUCAGUACAGUGUAACCACUUUCUGGUUGUUAUCAGCUACACCUCGUGUUCCUUCAAUACUGUAUGGAGGUAAAAUUAAGAACCAUCUGCAUACUUGUGUGCUCAAGUUUAGCCCUUUAGUAACGCUAGUCCCAGUUGAGCAUAUGAGAAGGUUUUGUUUACAAUUGCAUCCUGUGUCAUGCCUGAGUGUAUCAAAUGAAGUUAGUUAUUAAAAAAAAAUGGAUCAAAGUAUGUCAUAGUAGAUGACUAAAUCAUGCAUUCCAUACAGUUAAAUGAAUUCCAACAUACAAUAAGCAUUUAUUUUACCCAUUUCCAUACUAUUCAUAGUUAUACAGCUCCCAAAACAAAUGCAUAACAAAUUUUCAUUAUUUACAAAUAAUGAACAGGUCAAAAUUAGAAUUUAAUGUAAGGAUUUGGGUUGACUACACCCAGAGUUCAGUGUAUAAUGGACAAAGAUGAUUUGUAACCAAUUUUUUUUUAAUACCAAUACGAAGUAACUGGCAACAUUCAAGAAACAACUUUCUAAAAGAUGAUUACUUAAUUAUGAAAUAGAAUAUUAAAUAUUUAUUUUAUAAAUGAAAUCAACACCAAUAAUUAACAAAUAUGACUGGUAACUUAUACAUUCCUAUAUUUUUCCAUCAGCCAAAACUUGAAAUGAGUCUUCAAAGAUAAUCUUGUGAAUGUUUCAAAUCACUGGAGCCAUCAAGACACUUGUAUUAAACAACAACAAAGUUAGGUAUCAACAUUUUAUGUGGCUUGUAACUGAUAAGUUAUCAACGAUCUCUCUGCUGGAAUUUGAGAGAAUUUUGGAUUGGUUAAUGGACUCACAAUUUGCAAAUGUUAUUAAACACAUACUUCAUAAAACAAAGAAAAUGCCUCCAUAUUUCUUUGACAUGUAUGUUUAGAACGGAACCAAUUAUAUUUUUGAACAGGUGUCGACUAUGACUAUAAUGUAUAUUUUCAACUAUUUCUAUCAUAGGUUGAAGAACAUGAUAUUGUGUCAAUGAUGUGUCCAAAUGAAUAAAGAAAACUUAAAA